AUGAACAUUUUUAUUGGAAGUCUUCCUUACGAUGUAAAGGAAGCAGAUUUGUUAGACUCUUUUGAAGAGUACGGAAAAGUUAAUUCUAUCAAAAUCAUUACCGACAAGUUUACUGGUCGUAGCAAAGGGUUUGGUUUUGUAGAAAUGGAAAACGAAGAAGAAGCUAAAAAGGCCAUUGCAGAAUUGAAUGGGGCUACUAUCGACGGUCGCAAAAUUGUAGUUAAUGUAUCUGAGCCUAGAGACAAUAGCGAAAGACGUCCUUUUAAUAACAACCGUGCUGGAGGUGGCCAAGGAGGUCAACGCAGUGGUGGUUUUAAUCGCGACAACAAUAGAGGCGGCGAUCGAUAUUAA